AUGGCUCUAACUGAUAAACAAAUGAGAGAAUUGAUCAAGAAAGUGCGUGAGUGUGCUCCCAACAUGAGUUCCAAUGACAUAACCCUCAUAUUAGAGUACUUCAACUAUAAUGUCGACCAAUCCGUCGCCUCCAUACUUGAAAGCGGAUUUAACCAGAAUUUGCAGCAUGAAAUGUUUUCAGAUCAGAAUAUCAACACAUUCUACAUAGAUGAAAUCAAUACUGCUGAGUUGUUCAGCAUUGUCAAUUCCUUCAAACCUAACAAAUCCACGUCUGAUGAUGAUGGGGGGCAGGAGGCACUGAAGCAAUGGCAUCAAGCAACACCUAAGACAUCAGUUAGUCCAGUUGAGUUGAAUGGUCAUGUGAAUGGUGUUGUUGAGGAUGAAGAUGAGGAAGAAGAAGAGGAAUUGGUGAAGAAGCAGCAGAAGAUGAAGGAUGCUCAGAGACACAAAGAAGAGCGUGAUAGAACGAUGAGUGAAAUAAGUGUGGCGUCGACAACCGAGAGGUCGAAGAACCCACAUGCUGGCUUGGAGAAGUCCUGCAAGGAACUUCAACGACAGACAACAUCCCUCCAGCACCUUAAGGUGGUUUUAAAGGAGCAGAUGGACAAGUCAUACAAGCGAGUGAAUGAAGUUUUUAAAGAGUUACGACAACAGAUGGUGGAGAGAGAAGCAGAGCUGAUGUUUCUACUGGACAAAUCUAAGGCCAAGGCUUCUGAAGUGUUAGCAACAUAUGAAUUGAAGGCAGCUGAUUUGAAAUUGAGAACUGAUAGGGCGCAGGCCAUGAAUGAUAAAGAGGUGGCCAUACUCAGAUCUGAUAUCAAGCACUUUGUGACCGACCACAAGCACUACGAAGAAGUGGCCACCAAUCCAAAGUUCACGUGUGAUUUCAACAAGAUGCUCUCCAAUCUGUGCAACAGUUUGGGGAGGUUCCUCCCAUCCGAGGCAUCUCAGAGUACCAGGCUCACUUGCCCGCCAACAGCAUCGACUGCAGUUCACCCGCGUAUGAUUCAACUUCCGACGCUGCUGCUGCCGAUUCUGCUGACAAUGGGUUGAAAGUUCACCACCACCAUCCUCGUCAUCAUCCACACUCUGCUUCAGUGCAUAUAUUGAACCAAUCAGAAUCAUUGACCAAAUAUGAGAACCAAGCGCUGACCAAUCGCAUCGCUCAGCUUUCUACUGGAGAGGUUGCCGCCCACACUGCAGUGCCUUCCACCACAUCUACCAACUUCUCAAACUUCAGGAGCCCCAAGGGGAGGGGUUAUAGAGGAGGUGGAAGUGGCCCGCAAGCGGGGAGAGGAGGAGGAAUGAGGGGUGGAAGAGGGAGAACUGCUGCUACUGGAUCAUCAGGUCCUUUCCAGUCACCAAGACAGCAACCAUCCUCAUGAUCAACAGCAUGACCAACGACAACAUCAACAACAACAUGACCAACAACAACAACAACAUGACCAACAAUGUGGAGUGGAGCAUGGUUGAAGAUGGCGGUGCUGGUGCUGGAUGUCUUGUAAAGGUUGCCUGAUAAAUUGUGUUCAAAUGACGUCAUCCAACUGUUAGAGGAAAAAUGUGCAGAGCUGAUUGAAAUGGUAUUUACAUAAAAAAUUAAGGCAUGAAACAUUUAAAAAAUUUACAACAUAAAGUGUCGAGGUAAUGUGGA